AUGGAGGAACGGAAAGUUGAAGGGAUUCUAUCAAAAUAUUGUCUUUUUUAACCAUGUAAAAACCAUUUUCGACUCAUAAUACCAAUAUGAAAGGAUUAGGCUAGCUAUAUUCUACCUGCAGUUCAAGGGUUUUGGGGAUCUAAGAUGAAUCUUGUGAGAAAACUGGUUGGGAUUAGGACGAGACCAGGCAGUGAUUUGGUCUCUCAAUCCAACCAAGAUGACGAGCUUUGUCUCCGACAUUUGAGAAAACUCUUCAUGGAAUUCCGUCAUUCCCCGACACCAAUGACUGUCAAGGAUCAAGAAAAUGCCUUGUUCCGUAUGCUACCUUUGUUCUGUAAGAUUUUCUCGAACGCUAAUCCAAGUGCUUUAACGGAAAAAUUUGGCGACGUUUGCCAGUUCGCAGCUCAUGUUUCACAACUCAUGGUGCGAGAGAUACGAAAACGAGCUUCAAAUCGAAACCACGAAGUUGCGAGUAAAGCGGUUAUGGACUUCUUACUCUCUGAUUCGGUAGAGGAAACCGGUUCGGGAUGGAAAUUAUUGGCUAGUUUAAACAUUUUAGCUGGAGGAGAGACUCCUGUAUUGGAAUGUAUGGUUGCCGCAAAUCUUCCUUCUACGAUGGUCAAAUGUCUUUGGCUUUUUUAUGAACUUCCAUCUGUCAAAGAAAUAAAUGAAAAAUCUAUAGAAGACCAGUUACAGGAUCUCGAAAUCGUACAGAAAGUCUAUACGCAGAUUUUAGUKAAGCUUUGUCAUUCUCCUGCGACGUCAAAUGAACUUGUCAACACGGAUGACUUGUCGAUACUGUUUUCUGCUAUCUCGUGUCCUUGUACCAAAAAGCACAACAUCGGUUGGAGAAGUUGUGUGUCUGAGAUUCUGAUGACUGUUACAAGAUAUGGAUUGAAUAAAGAGGUCAUCAACUACAUUCAUGGCAAAUCCUGUGUUUCCAACUGUCUAGAAAACAUGAAGAGAAUCCAGCGAGUGAAUCCUUUAGAACUCGUUGAAAUGAUGGUCACAUUUGUGUGUUGUCUGAAAGACUCCAGUGAAAUAUCACACCUCCUCCUUGCUGAUUUCAGAAGCUGUGGAGGUUAUUUAUUCUUAUAUGAACUCUUAUUAAUAUUAGCGGAAAUUGAGAGUGAAGAUGCUCGGGAAGCAAGCCGUAAUGUUGCCUUACUUGUGUCUUCAUUAGUCAUGGUGGGUCAUAUAAAUAUUCAGCCUCUGAUCAGUAUUGGAACACCAUUUCAGGAUCCUUCUUUUGUGAUUCCAGAGCCUUCAGGUGGAGGAGUAAGUGUAAAAAAUGUUGAAGCAUUCCAUGUUCUGCAAAAAGUUUUUUUGAAGACAUCAGACAAGCUUCUUUGUUUGAAUAUUUUGGACUGUAUCAGCAACAUCUACAGGUCAGAUAAUGCCAACUACUUCAUUCUUGAGCCACAGCACACAAUAUCAUUAUUCAUAGACAGCAUUCCAGAUAAGGAAACCCAGGUGCAAGAGAAAGUCUUCAAGCUGUUGGAUUUUGUCAUCUGUAAUUUGAACUGGGUACCCUGUCCUGAACUUAUGUCUGUCAGUAUUUUAUUCAAAAACAGAGGCCCCUGUGAUUGCCACCAAGUAGCUCUGUCUUUUCUCAUUCGCAUCCUGAGUUUCAACCCCAAGUACRAAGAUAUCUUCCGUGAGGUUGGUAUUCUGGAGGUGCUUACCAACUGCCUGAAAGAUUAUGCUGCUGUCUUGAAAGAAAAUGAUGAGACAUUUAAACAGCCAUCAACACCCAAUGAGGAUCUAAAUAAAACAGAAGAAGACCAAGAAGAAGUGUUUGUUACAGAAUCCACCCCGAAUGAUUACCCCUUCCUACUGAUGGGAUGUCUACGGCUCUUGCUGGAAUCCAAUGCAGAGAAUGCCAAGGUCUUCAGGGAAUGUGGAGGGGCACGCUGUGCUCAUAAUAUGAUUCCUUAUUCUAAGUCACGAACAGAUGCACUGAGGAUCAUCCAUGAACUUAUACUGAAUGGAGGAAGUGAUGAUUUGGGCACGCUGUUGGGUUUAAUGCAUUCCACUCCUCAUUCAGAAGUGCAGCUCAAAAUAGAAGUCCUAAAUGCAUUGCUCAAAGUGUUUGAGCUUGACCCAAGAACAAGAGCAGUGUUUCGAGAAGUGGGUGGAUUUGUUUAUGUCAUGUCAGUACCACUCAACAUGGARGGUAGCCUGAAAACACCUGCAGCAACCCCCUGGGAUAAAGUUGACCAAGAAGAAGUACUGACUCUCCUGAGAACAGUGUUCCAUGUUUUGACAGCAGCCAUGCAGGAUGAACCUGCCAACAAGAACUUCUUCAUGGAUGAGGUUCGAUUUCGGGGUCUAGCAGAUACUAUUCGGCUUCUCGGCUGCUUCUCAUUCUCAGACUUAGAAAUGCRUCCUUACACAGGCGAAGUCAAACCAUAUCUCCGAGGGUUCAAGAAAAUGUUAUCCAUGAGCUCCAACCACCUCCCCCUCUCACCAACCCCAAGUACAGACUCUACACGGUCAUCUAUCAACCAAGAUGGACCCUCUGAACCAGAUCUGAGCCCCACAUCACUACUAUAUGCAGCCAACGAGAUGUUUAAGAACCUCUUUGAGAUGGCAACGGACUCGUUUGGUUUAAUGGCUGGAAACUAUGGACCUACUGAUAUGAUGAAUGGUCAGUCUGUCUCUCAUUAUGGGUCUYCUGUGUUAUCUGUGUAUCAUCCUGGGGCUAUAACUGCUGUAGUUGAUCUACUCCCCGCUGUCUGCGAAUUACAAGACAACCAAAUCGUAUCUAACAAUGAGGAUUGCCUUGAGUUACAGAUGUACUGGCUGAGUAAACUGCAACAACUUCUACGUUCAGAACACAAUCAACAAGUAAUGUGCGAUGUAGGAUUACCCCAGCAGUUACUGCAGAGGUGYGAAGCAGCCUUUGUGGAUGAAGAUCACCCUYUCAAUGCUCCAUUACAGCGAAUGUUUGAAAGAUUAGCAUCUCAGGGAUUGUCAGCUACAGUAUUAAGGGACUUUCUUCGUCUUGGAGACCCACUCCUUUGCAAACCACUAAAGCCACCAGAAGAGGAACCAAGCCUGACACAGGAAUCCAAGCCAGAUGGUUCAGAACUUGUGCAAGAAAACGCAGUUGUUGAAAAUAAGGCUACACAAGAAAAUGAAAGUACGGUCUUGGAACAAAUGGACCAAGCAACUCCAAAUGGAAUCAGAAAACUGUCUGAUGUYAUAACUAGAAAAAUAUCUGACUCUUCUAGUAGGGGGMGGGUUGAUUCAAGAUCCGAGAGGGGUACCCUGGAUAAUCGCUGCAGCAAUUUAUCUUUUCAUGACGUCAUGAUGAGUAUGAUCCAGCCCAGCCCCGACUCAAGCUUCGGCGAAGAAUCGGAUUCCGACGACGAAGAUCGUGGCUUUGAGAUGCUGGGCGAUUCUGUUGAAGAAACAACGGACGACAAAUCUAAAGACGACUCCAAAGAUUCUAUUACCGAAGCGUCACCUGGAAUAGACGGACAGACAGACAGCAAUACAUCUCCAGAGGAGGAAGUUCAACCAAAACGACCACCAAGACCUAAACGAGAUCAGCUUCACCACAGACACAAUCUAUUUGAUGAGAAUACAAUGUAYGGACAGACAAUGCCCGUUACCCCUGGACACAGCGGGGCUACUACGGUAGUCGAUGGGGUCGAUAUAGAUACAGUAGGUGAGAAUCAACAACAAGUAUCUAGUAUUGAUCAGGGAGAUGAUUUGGUGAUUGUCGAUGUGACGGGGGAUAGUGGGCAGACCAGUACACCUCUUAUCGACGUACCCCAACACGAGGAAAAUCUGCACUCUGACAAUGCUUGGAAUCCAGAGUUAUCCGAAAGCAUUGAUGACUCGCAGACGUUAGGUAAAGAAUUGCUUCCCGGGUCCAASAAUUCAUCUCGRAGAACCUCUCAGAGCAGCAUAAACUCGUUUGAUAGCAACACAGACGUGAAAACUGAGUCACAGCACAAAGCAGCCGAGAUGAGCGURGAGGACAUCACUCAACAGCUCAGYCUUCACUGCGCRCAGGARCCUGACCUCCAGCCCAUACCCGACGAGACGUCAAGGGAACGCAGCACUAGUGAGUGCCACGAUACUGAGCUUGAGGUGGAGGAAGAACCAGUCUUUCCAGAAAAUAAGCCUGUACCAUUAACACGUGUCAAGUGUCUUGUUUCCAUGACAACACCGCGUGAUGCACGUGCCCAUGGUGUGUCUUAYUGUCCAUCGUUUGUGGAGUUUGAUAUGGGUGUGGAUGGGUUUGGCUGUUUGUUUAUGCCUGCUGUGGCACCACAGGCAUUCCCAGGUUUUUCUACUGUUAAUUCUGUGGUCGGYAACACCGUAGUUGCAGUAGGCGCAGUACCAGGCAUUGGUACGGGAGAGCGUCUAUUCCCUCCUCAAGCAGGACUCACCUUUACAACCUGGAUAUGCGUGGAUCGGUUCAGUAAUGCYRCAGAAGAUCCCCACCCUGUUCGUCUGUUAACCAUUGCCAGGCAGUUCCGCAGCUCAGACGGAAAGGUUCAGAACUCUCCUUGUUUGACGCUCAGUAUUUCUGCCUUGGAUAAGACACUCGUGGUACGCACAGAAGAGAGCGCCAUCGAUGACGAUGAAGGAACUAGUGACCAGCCACGACGAGAAAAAGACAAGACCGAGGCCAGGUUCCUAAGUGAUUUGCUGUUAGAGGAAGGGCGUUGGCAUCACGUGGUGGUGGUCCUUAAUAAAGCUUUGAUUCGGAACAGCACUUCUACCUUGUUUGUYGAUGGACAACAUGUGGCCACAUCUAGAUUAAAGUACAUGCAAGCUGGAAUAGUGAACCCUGACCCAACAACAGCAGCAGCAACACCAUACAUAGUAGCCUACAUAGGGACGCCCUCGACACACCGAAGAUGCUCCAGAUUGCUAUGGAAACUGGGCCCUACACAUCUCCUAGAGGAACCAUUAUCGUCUGGUACUGCUAUGAAGAUGUUCAUGCURGGACCAAACUAUGUCGGGAGUUUUCAGUCACCUUGUCUCGAGGGCGAAUCRGCGUACGCCAUGGAAAACGUUGAGCCUUUAGUAUCAGAAGAUAAAGUGAUGUUUGGUGUACAUGCGCAUGCCAAGUCUCAGCUUUCAAUGUCAAAGAUCAGGAGACAUUUUAGAAAAGUCGACACACGUGCAAUAGCAAGAGAGCUUGGACUAUCCACUCAUGACAACACAACGCCCGUACGACUCAUCCACAACACCGCAGCCCACCUACAGGGCCCUUCACGUACCAUAGGAGCAGUAAUGAUAGGGUGCUCUGGUCUAAGGACCUUCUGUCCUAACCCUGUCACYAAGCUGAUCGAGUGYAUAGGKGGCGUAUCUUGUCUAUUGGGCAUUGUUGCYAUGGCAACCGAUGUGGAGGCCCUGUAUGCGUCAGUGAAGGCACUGAGUUGUGUGUUGAGAAGUAAUCCYUCUGCUAGACGAGAUAUGGAAAGAACAAGGAGUUAUCAGAUCCUCGCUCUCUUACUGCGCAAGAAGAAACACCUUCUCAAUACUCAUAUUCUACACCUGACGUUCGCUUUGGUUGGUACAGUGGACAGUGACAGAGAAUCGUCUAUCAUACCUAACAUAGUAGCAUUCAGAGAACUACUCUGUGAUCUUGAGGUUUGGCAUGACGCACCAGGUGACUUGGAGAGRUCUCUCUACUCACACUUCUUAGAACUUCUAGGACCUGGAAAUGAAUCCCAGGCAAACGCGGAACUCAUGCAACGGCUAGGGCUGGUUCCUAAGCUCUUGUUCGUACUCCAGGACGAGAAUGUUACUGACUCCACAGCGAACACGAUUGCUAGUGUAUUGUCAGUAUUGCUAAGUAAUGUCAACGAAGAAAGAAAUUUACUAAGGUUUGGUCAGUUUCUAGUGUCAACAGUCUCCAGUCACUACAUCGAUGAGAAUGAAGUGAACCUUGACGGUGAUAACGUCACUGAAAGCAGCGGCAAUGAAGAGGUUGAAAACAAUAAAGAAGGUCUCACACCCAAGCGAAUAAGACUAAGAAAUGUCCUAUUGGAGGUGGUGCUGUGUCUAAUAUAUGGCGAGGGUGGAUCACUGGACCAUAGGUUCUCAGAUGCACUCCAACAAACGCUGGGUUUUGAUUGGCUGCUUCUCUUCCUUCACCCUCACAUCCACAAGACAACUGUAGUGCGUGCUACACGCAUCCUGGUCACCAUUCUGGGCAGCCAGGCRGCUCUGGAGAGGUUCAAAGAAGGWGUCAAUAAYGGUGGAUGGUURGCAGGAACUGAGAUGAUAUUGAACAAGAACACUUAUGUCGUUGCAGGGUUCAACGUUGGGGCCGUUUCYGAGGGCACAGAGAAGUACGAAGUAUGCAAAGACGUAUGCAACGUCCCUGGAUUUGCAAUGUUAUCAAGUCUUCUUCCCAGACAUGUUGAUAUUCCUGAGAUAUACCAUCUUAUCAUUGCCCUACUGCUUGGUCACCCUGUUUCUGAUGUAUAUGCAGGAGCACUGUUUGACUGGCAUAACCUGUAUUCAGUAUUUUGGUCAUCAACGAGUACUGGCGUAAAGACUUCGCCACCUAGCCCACGUGACCCUGCUGCCUACAUUAUAUACUGCGCCGAAGCUGCGACUGUACUAUUGUCAAUGGCCAGAAGCAUGGUCAAUGAGGCAUGGGAAAAUACUGAAGAAGGUUCCUGGCUUCGUGAGUAUCCAGUUACGCUGAUCCAGUUCUUGGUGUUUCUGUAUCGUAAUGUAACACAAUUCACUCAAGUCUGCACUGGACAAGAAUUCAUCGAAAACCUGGUCGCUGUGUUGUUUCCGAAGCGCAGAAGACUUGCCGCCAAGUCACAAGAGAUAACGUCGGACAGUGAAGGAGARGGAGAGAUUUCUUCAGAGCUUGUGUUCAGCGAAGAAAAGACCCAACUGAUAACACACCCUGCUAGGAAGUGUAUACUAGAGUUUCUACGGGUCAUYAUGACAGAUAACUUGACGUGCACCACAUCAAACAAAAGCCUUGGAGUGAUUGAUAUAAUACUUGAGUCCUACCCACCCUCAUGUAUGCAGCCACAACAAGCAGAGUACCAAACAGAAGUCGUGUCAGCUCAAAUGGAUUACUUCUUAGGAGGAAAUCUGCUGGCAAAUCCAUCUGCGGGCCAUGGUAACCAUGCCAAGAUCGUUGCAAAUGCAUUCACCUUUGCUUCUAAAGUUGUCGACAAACUAUGGAUAGGUAAUUUUAGACUGAGCUACAAAGUGGUCUUUAACUUCAUUACGAGUAUUAUGGAGGCUGUUAAAGGUCAGUCAGUGUCCAUGGAUGGUAUAUAUCAUUCACUUAACAGAACCGUACUCUAUCAGCUGUCACGACCAUUAGCAAGACUCACGGAUCAAACAAGUCUUCUGGAGUUCCUUCACAUAUUGACCACCAAUCAUAAAGUUGUUUUUGCACCUGGUAAUAAUGAAGCUGAGUUCAUCGCUGGUGUCUGCCACUGGCUGCUYGUGAUGGGUACRCAGAGGAGAACCAAUACUGAGAGUGUUCCCAGUACUAGUACACCCAUCAAGGAGAUGGACAGUCUUGUAUUUCCACCAGCCUUCAGUGUGGAGAAGGCCGAUGAGGCGGAAGAGCACGAUACUUUUAACGAAACAGCAGAUGAAGAAUCAAGCUGUUCCCGCCUGCUAGCUGCAGCAGCUGAGAGGGUUUGGGAUAUAUUCUUGCUCAAUAAACGAGACGCCAUCGAUGAAACUUUCAAGAUCGAGCUUCCCAAACCAAGCUUUACAUCAUACAGCMCACGUGAAUACAUGGAUUACAUGCCAAUGGGAAGUGGAUCAAACCUCAAUCUGGAYCUAAAGUCAGUCAGGCCUCUUAUAGGAGACCUUGCUAUGAAGGCUUGGGUUAACUUCGUGACCUCUGAAGAGAAACACAAGGCCGAAGCUCUUGGACAACAGAAACCAAAGCGUCGCACGGUACCUCGUCUAACAGCAAGAAGAGCCAAAAAGGAUACCCGUGACGUCAACAGUUUGACCAAAAACUCGUUUCUAUGGACACCGAAACACAUUAAAGUCGUGAAGGACUGGGUACGACUACAGCAGAAAAACCAUCAACAGAACUAUCAGCUUAUCUCCAAAUCCAUAGCAGAGGAAUGGACUCUAAUUGAAAGAGAUCUGACCAGAGAACGAGGACUGUGGGGUCCCCCUGAUAGUUCGACUUUGGACAAAUGGACUCUUGACCUUGUCGAAGGUCCACACCGGAUGUUGAAGAAAAUGUGUCGCAAUGAGCAGUUCUAUGUGAAUUACCCCUACGACUACAGAUCAGGAAACUUAAAGAAACAAACCAGAUACAAGAAGGCCAUGAGUUUUGACAGCAAGACGUACUAUAUGUUAAGAGGACCAGCAUUGCCUGGGGUUGGACCAAUAGAAGCUCUUCUCAAAAACCAAGUGACAGAUAAAUACAACAAGGAACUCCCUCCCCGAUCUCUGUCGACUGAACAAAGCUACGUCACUGAGACCAACGAGGGAUCUGAGGUCGAUAAUCAGACGAUAGUAAAGCUGUUGGAAGCAGGCGAAAAGAUUCGGUCCAUGUAUCGAUGUGCUAGAGUACAGGGSYUAGAUACCGCUGAAGGUCURUUCCUAUUUGGUCAGAUGCAUUUCUAUGUCGUUGAUGGUGUCACUCUUCUGUCUACUAAAGAAAUCAAAGACAUCGACUCACUYCCUCCAGGGACGCAUGAUCCAAUCAUUCCUCGUAGUUCUCAUGACAUCACAAAGGCAUGCACCUUGCUACAGCUCCUACUCUUCUUGUCAAUGCUGAAGAUUCAAUAUCCGGCAUGAAACGAGAUACAGACGUCGAGACAGGUGUUGGUAUCAUCAAUACUUUGAUGGGCGAGCGAUCUGUCACGCAGCGAUGGGAGCGUGGCGAGAUCACCAACUUCCAGUACCUAAUGCAUCUUAAUACACUGGCAGGACGUUCCUAUAACGACCUUAUGCAGUACCCCGUGUUUCCAUGGAUACUCGCCGACUAUAACUCAGAGGUGAGACACCUCCCUAUCAUUACGGCACCCAUUACUCAUCAGCUAUGAUCGUGGCUUCAUACCUCAUUAGAAUGGAACCGUUCAGUCAACACUUCCUCAGGUUACAGGGUGGCCAUUUUGAUCUGCCAGAUCGUCUCUUUCACUCUAUCAAGGACAGUUGGUUAUCAGCAUCAGAGACUAACAUCCAUGAUGUCAAGGAACUCAUCCCUGAGUUCUUCUAUUUGCCCGAGUUUCUUACCAACCACAACAACUUUGAUCUAGACGAAGCUGAACUGAAGAGCCCUAAACCCAAGAAGUCGGUAACCGGAAAUUCUCUUCCAAGAAAAGAUACCAUCCCAGAAGAACCGUCUGAAAAAGCACAGGAAAUCCAAACAGUGGAUUCCAAAACUCCCAAUCCCGAUCCAGAUCCAAUUCCUGAUAUUCCUAAASAGACUCCGCCCAUUGAGGAAAAUAAAAGCCAGGACGAGCAGCCUCAGAGUGACAAGGAAAGUGAUCCUUCAAAAGAAAUUGAAGACAUUGGUAUUGUCCCAACCCCUGAAGGGGGAGAAGAGCGCGAAAAUAUGGUUAGGGCUUCAAAGUUGUCUCAAACGAGUCAAGACUCAAGCACUUUGGAUGAGGAAUACGUAAUUAUCGAGAAUGAGAAGCAAAACCAGAAAGAGGCAAAACCAAAGCCAGUUUGGCGGCGUCGCCUGACAUUACGUCACAAGCUAACCAUGCAUACGUCAUUUGUAAGGGACGAUAACAUGGCUCCUGCCRCUGUCACAGCUCUCUUGAUAUCCAAAGACCAUCGUAGGUUAUUUGUUGGUGAUGGCAGAGGUCGAAUAUACAGCUGGUCUGUUACUGAUGCCGCUGGACGCAUGCCAGCAGAUCAUUGGAUAAAAGAUGAAGGUGCCGAAUCUUGUACUCAAUGUCACGUACGAUUCACAUUCGCUGAGAGAAGACAUCAUUGUAGAGACUGUGGAAAACUCUUCUGUGCCAAAUGUAGCAAGUACGAGUCAUCGAUUCAACGUCUACGAAUAUACAAACCAGUACGAGUUUGUAAACCGUGCUACGACAAGCUGAGAAAAGAACAGGCCAGGGGAACAUUAUAACGAGACAGCUCUGCAAAAUCCUUGAYAUCGUUUUUCUCUUGAAGGCACAUAGCUGGAUUGCCUUUCCUUUUCUCUCACAACUAGCAAUCCCCCAUGAUUUCGAUUCCCUUUCUUUCUACGAGACGUCCAUAUAGACCUUUAUCGAAUUCGCUUGAUUCGAAACAAUUACUCCAAGUCGAGGUUGCACUUGAUAAAACAUAGUAAAUAUUUGAACACAUGAAGGCCAACCUCGUCUUGGAGCUAUUGUUUCGUAAAAAAGGCGAACCAAACAUUGGGUUUGGUGCACUCUCGGCCCAAUGUAUUCGAGAGCAGUUACCUUCAUCUACUCUACUGUUUUCUUCUUUUUUCUUGGGGUCAUUUCGAGGGAAAUACUAAUAUAAUUGUAGGCCAGAGGUGUCUGCUAAACUAAUUUUAAAUUUACCAUACUCCUGCAGACAUAUACUAAAAAAUAGAUAGUGGUCUUUGGGAUGGUAAAAACGGGAAAUUAAAAACAAAACAAAAAAACGCAUUGAGCUUGCUAGUGUGGCAAGUUAUUCUCACACUGUACGGUGGGUGUGAACGCUAUUGAAUUUUUGUAAAUAUAUCACGUGUCUGACAAACAGGGUAAAGUGCAUAAUACUUGUUGGUAAAUGCAACAGUGGGAAUUCACAACCUUCAAGGUCAUGACCUCAAUUGAAACAAAGUUAACUAGUGUAUUCGGUAUUACAUUCGCAUACUCUUCUCUGGAGUUGAGCUCAAAAAAAUUUGGAGCAAAGCUCUAAAUCUCGACUGAUUUCCUGGCCUUUAGGUCAAUUAAUUUUAAAAUGYCCACGUCUUAGUAUAAUUAGUAGUAUAAUUAGUGUAAUAUGAACUGGGUUGAAAUUUAUUUUUCAUUACUUUACUUGUGAUAUUCGGCUCCCUAUAGGUAAUAUUCUAGGUGAUAUUUUACCUCGGUGGUCCCAUAACUAAUCCUGCAGUACACCAUUAAUGUGACUGAUGGUAUCAAUGAUUUUUUAUGGCUAAAUUUCAUCUCACCUUAGUGGUCCUAUAACUAAUAAUGCGGUACACCAUUAACUUCAAUAGUAUUAAUGAAAUUUCAUCACUAAGUUUGCUGCUAAUUUAUUACAUUUAAAGAAUAUAGAUCAUAUUAUGUAUCUAAUAAUGCUAUCGUUAUCUAACACAUUUCUUCAAUUUUUGUACAGYAUAAAAAAGUAAGAUUUUGAAUUUUCUUAUUUUUAUUCCAAAAUGCGUUGUACGGAUUGUUCGACGAUCAUUUGUGGGUAUCAAAUGAUGAAAACAAGGAAUARUGUUCAAAUAAAAGCUAUUCAGUAAAAUGUUA